CUCAUCCCCUUCAACCUCCCCGCCGUCACCGGCCGCGAAAUAGAGUAUAUCAACACUGCCAUCAAAAACGGCACUCUCACCAACGGCAGAUACACCCGUCAGUGCCAGUCAUGGCUAGAACAACGCCUCUCCUGCAAGAAAGUCCUCCUGACACCCUCAUGCACCGCAGCCCUCGACCUAGCCGCACUAACCCUCGACCUCAAACCCGGCGACGAAGUUAUACUGCCGAGCUACACCCACCCAUCCACCGCGAACGCGUUCCUCCUCCGCGGUGCCUCGCUGGUCUUCGUAGAUAUCGUCCCGGAGACGAUGACUAUCAACACCACACAGGUCCGCGAGGCAAUAACCGAUCGCACGCGCGCGGUAGUCCCAGUCUGCUACGCCGGUUUCGCGAGCGACAUGGGCGAGAUACUGGAAAUCGCGCGCGAGCGCGGGAUCUACGUCGUCGAGGACGCGGCACUGGGGCUCUUCUCCAUGUACAGAGACCGUGCCGUCGGGACGAUGGGACAGCUGGGGUGUAUUAGUUUCCAGGAGGGGGAAAAUAUCACGGCUAGGGGUCAGGGCGGUGCUCUCCUUAUUAACUACCCGGGGCUUAUGGAGCGUGCGGAGAUUAUCUGGAAUAAAGGCAUGAACCACGACGUGGCGUUUCGGAGUACGGAUGAGAGCGUGGAUACGUGGCAGUUGGUCGGGGGGAGCUAUGCGAUUAGUGAGCUCCAGGCUGCAUAUCUAUGGGGUCAGCUGGAGGGUGCAGAGGAAAUUCAGAUCCAGCGCCAUCGGAUUUGGAAUCUCUAUUGGAAGGAGUUGGAGCGGUUGGAGACGCAGGGGAUCAUACAGUUGCCAGCUUUGCCGCCGGGUCGGGAGCAUAACGCUCGGAUGUUCUGGAUUAAGCUCCGGGAUAUGGCGGAACGGAGGGAGUUCAUGGAAUCGAUGAAGGGGGUUGGGAUUAGUGUGUUGCCUCACUAUAGUUCUCUUCAUAAGAUAGGGCCUGGUAUGAAUCACCGGCAUGUUAUGGAUGAAGAUGUGGUGGCUAGGGAGAGUGAGCGCCUUGUACGCCUACCGAUAUACUAUGCCAUGACUUUGGACGAUGCUCGAUUUGUGAUAGAUCAAAUUAGGCAGUUUUAC